AAGGCAGGGAACGCAACAACAACAACAUUGGUUGAUCUGAACUGAGAAUUGCGAUCUCCUCCGCAUUCAUUGGUGAUGGCGAAGGCAACCUCCACUUCCCUUUUGCAGAGCCUCAAAAGCUUCUUCAAGAAGCCAUGGGAAAUCACGGGUCCCUGCGCCCACCCCGAGUACAAGUCCGCGCUGCCCGCUGCCCAAGAGUACCGCAUCUACUGCCCGGCCACCACCAAGGAACAGCCCUCUGUCCCCACCUCACUCCCCGAAACCGUUUACGACAUCAAGUACUUCACUCGCGACCAGCGCCGUAACCGCCCUCCCAUUCGUCGCACAAUCCUCAAGAAACCCGAUGUUGAGAAACUCGUCAAGGAAAAGACAUUCUCCGUCGCCGACUUCCCUCCCGUAUAUCUCAACUCCACCGUCGAGGAGGAUCUUGAUGCUAUCGGCGGUGGCUACCAGCACUGACGUACAGGUUUGUGCUAUCAUGAGAUGAGAUGACAUUAUUGGCCCAGUCCAUCUUUUAUGCUUUUGUCAAUGGAAAGGUCUUAAUAGUCUUAGCACACACCUGCAAUGACCGUCCAUUUUAGAGGUGUGUUAAGCAUUUUAUGUCAAUAAAAGGUGGCUGACUGCAGUUAAGUUUGACUAUUGUUUUACUUAUUUGUGACGUUGGUUCAAAAAGUAAAUUGUCUCAAUGACGUGAUAAUGGGAAAAUUGAAUAUGAGUGAAGCUUUUCAGUAGUAUGC